AUGUCAUACAAUCCACUAAGCAACAACGAUAAUAAUCAAGAUCCAUUUUCUGACCAAAAUAUAUUGUCUAUUGAAGAGCCAGCAGCAAUACAUGCUACUGAACUGUUGAUAUCCACACAACAUCAUCAACGUGAGCACCAGCACGGGCGCGAGCCAUCCAACUUCAAUGAUGAUUUGAAAGCGAAUACUAGUAAGAAUUUCAAACAUAGUGAAUUUGGCAGUAGUCUGCUGGAGCAUGCCGAGGAAGAGGACGACGAUGAUGAUUACGACAGAUUUGACCCUAUACAGUUUAAACAUUCUGGAGAUGAUGAUGAUGAUUUAGAACGCAGCUCAACUGAUUCAUUUACUGAUGAAUUUGGUAAUCAUUACGCUAUAGAUUUCAACAAUAAAGCGUAUACGCUGAAACUUACAUUCAAAGGAAACAGACUAGUUUAUUUUACGUCAGCAUUUGUCAGUUUGUUUGUUAGUUUGUUUGGGUAUGAGCAAGGUGUAUGCAGUGGUAUUCUUGCCUUUGAUACAUUUAAUGGAUUUUUUAAUACCCCAGGUCCAGCAAUGAUUGGAUUUGUGAUUUCAAUUUUGGAAAUCGGUGCCAUGGUUAGUUCUAUAUUAGUUGCCAAGAUAUCCGAUUCCUUUGGUAGAAAGAGAACUAUUUUAUUGGGCACUUUUGUAUUUAUGAUUGGUGGUAUAUUACAAUCGUUUUGUCCCAAUAUGUUUGUGUUUGCCUUGGGCAGAGUUUUCAGUGGGAUUGGUGUAGGGAUACUUUCAACUAUUGUUCCAUCUUAUCAAUGUGAAAUUAGUCCUAGUGAAGAAAGAGGUAAAUUGGUUUGUGGUGAGUUUACCGGAAAUAUCACCGGUUACGCACUUAGUGUUUGGGUUGAUUACUUUUGCUAUUUUAUUCAAAAUGUUGGUGAUACAAGACAAAAACCUCAUUCCUUUUUAGCUCAUUUGAGUUGGAGAUUACCACUAUUUAUCCAAGUUGUCAUUGCGUUUGUUUUGUUCAUUGGUGGGUUUUUCAUUGUUGAAAGUCCUCGUUGGUUACUAGACAAUGAUAUGGAUCAACAAGGUUUUAAUGUCUUGAGUUUAUUAUAUGAUUCUCAUCAUUCAUCAACUAAGCCCAAGAGUGAAUUCUUUAUGAUUAAAAAUUCCAUCUUACGUGAACGGAAAAUGACUCCGAAAUCAGAACGUACUUGGAGACAUUUAUUAAAACAUUACAAGAAAAGAGUAUUUGUUGCUUGUUCCUCAUUGAUCUUCGCUCAAUUGAAUGGAAUCAACAUCAUUUCUUACUAUGCACCGCUGGUAUUUCAAGAAGCAGGCUUUGACGAUGCUGGUGCAUUGUUAAUGACGGGAGUCAAUGGUAUCAUAUACUUAUUAUCAACCAUUCCACCUUGGUUCCUUGUAGAUAGGUGGGGUAGACGACCAAUUUUAAUCAGUAGUGGGUUAGCAAUGGGCAUUUGUUUGAUCUUGGUGUCAGUGUUUAUGCUUCUUAAUCGAUCAUAUACUGCAUCAGUAGUUGCAGUACUUGUGAUUAUUUACAAUGCAUCGUUUGGAUUUGGGUUUGGACCUAUUCCAUUUCUUUUAUCAGGUGAAUCAUAUCCACUUUCUGUUCGAUCAAAGGGUGUUUCACUUGCUGUGGCUUGCAAUUGGUUGAGUAACUUCAUUGUUGGUUUAUUUGCCCCGAUCUUGCGUCAUAAUAUUAAAUGGGCCAUGUACUUAUUUCCUGCUGGUUCAUGUUUUAUAAGUAUUGUAUGUGUCAUUUUAUUUUACCCUGAAACUAAAGGUAUUGAAUUGGAACAAAUUGAUGAAAUUUUUGAUGAAUUUUAUUCAAUUAAUCCAUUCAAGCGUGUUGUGGGUAGUUUUGACAUGAUUUUGAGGAAAAGAAGGAGAAUUAGAGAUAAACAAAGUAGACGUUUACAUGCAAAGUAUGAUAGAUUGAAUGAUGGACAAGGACAACAACAAGGACAACAACAACGAUCAAGAGACUAUGGUGGUGAGGAUGAUGAUACUUUUGAGUUACAAGCUUUGAAUGAAAUGGAUUAUGAAAAUCCAGAUAUAUAG